GGUGUGUCUUAAAGUCACAUGACCCUGAUGUUAGACUUCUUUGCUAAAGCGUUGGUCAUAAAGUGUAAAAAAGAGGAACUAAACUGACCUUAAAGCUGCCAGUAUGCCAAUAUAAGAAGUUUAUUAGUGGGUUUUUUCUGGGAUUUGCGCCUCAUCAUCCUAACGAAUCCGUGCGCUUGAGUUUUGUUUCUCUUUUUUUGCUUGUUGUUGUUGAGGUAACGUUAGCCCGACUAGCCGCUAAGCUAGCGUUAGCUAACUCUUGUGUUGCUGUGAUUCUCCCCGACGAGCAGCCAGAGACGAACCCGAGGAACAUGACGCAGAUCGGCGGUGUGCAGCCAUGGUUCCUGGGAGUGACGUUGCAGUUGAUUUUAGCUGCUGUGCUGCACCAGGGUUUGGCUACAGUGGCCCCUCCGACAACAGCCCAAACCACUGCCGCCCCGCACAAAGACCCCGGCAGGCCUGAGAAAGGAAACUACGUGGUCGCCAGUAGCAACGGUACUGCCUGUUUACUGGCGUCCAUGGGUCUCCAGCUCAACGUCACCUUCAACUCACAAAAUAAGACGGUGCAGGAGGUUCUGAACCUUCGGCCCAAUGUGACAAAGGCCUCCGGGUCAUGUGAGUCGGACAGGGCCUCCCUGCUGCUCUCGUCGGAGGCAGAGAAGAUCAACCUCACCUUUAUCUUCACGCUGAAUGCCACGUCCAAGAAGUACCACCUGAGUGAAGUGUCUCUGUCAGCAGACUUGCCAGACAUGAAAGAGCGCUUCUCAGCCACCAACCGCAGUCUGGACUCGCUGCGGGGCACCUUUGGGUUCUCGUACAUGUGCCACGAGGAGCAGACUCUGACUGUGGCCCAGAAUUUCUCCAUCAACACCUUCCAGCCGCAGGUGCAGCCGUUCGGUCUCAGCGGAGAUCAGUUUGGAGCAGCGGAGGAAUGCCAGUUGGAUGAAGACAACGUGUUGAUCCCCAUCGUAGUGGGCGCAGCUCUUGCCGGCCUGGUCCUCAUCGUGCUCCUGGCGUACCUCAUCGGGAGGAAGCGGAGCCACGCCGGCUACCAGACCAUCUGAGGUCUCAUGUCCCCAGAGACCAGAGCGCGCAGCUGCCGACUCUUAAGAUUAACCACUGUUUCAUUAGACUACUAAACCCCCCCCUCCCCUUCCCCGCCCGCCUCUCCUUGCAUCUGCGUGUGCUGUUAUUUGCCCUCAUGAGUAACACUAGUCAUUGUCACUUUGAGGUUGAUAAGCCUUUUUUUUCUGAACUGGGGCGCUCAUUUUUGGAAAGAAAAGGGGGCUUUGUUUGGAGAUUGAGAUGAAUUGGGGGGGGGGGGGGGAACUACCGGUACUACGUGAAGCUGAGCGUGGAUGUUGAUCAAUAAGAGUUCUCAAAUUGUAUUCUACUAUUUAUGAUUUCUGUGAAAGGAACUUUGAGGGAUUGUGUGACUUUGAUGGAAAAGCUACUGUAGCUUUUCUUGUUGUUCAUCUGCUUUGAAGACCCUUUUUUUGUGGUCUUUCCCCAAAUGAGGUUUGUUAUUAUAAAGGGAAUAUUUUUGACUAAGUUAAUCCACUUCAUACAGGAAAGAUCUGAGGUUUCUUUUCAGCCCUAGCUUGCAGAUUUUAUGUUAACCUACUAAAAUCACAAUGAUCUAAUCUUAAAAAGGACAUGCAAGGAGUCAAAGUUAAAAUGCAUUUAGGAAUUUAUUUUGUUCACUGGAAUGGGUGUGAAAUAUGUCCCUUAUUUCCCUCUUCAGGGUACCUAACUGAUUUUAUAGGGGUACUUUGUAAGAUAAUUGUUUAUGGCCAAAUUCAAGGCACAGAUUUUCCCAAAAUGUGACACUAUUUGAGGAAUGAUGGUUUACAGUCUGUUACAAUGUUUGCACCAAACAGGAGUUUCCCUCAAACAAACUAAAAUACACUCCGUUCUCUCGGGUGGAUGAGAACGUUCACGACAUCCUGUAGGUGUAAUAACACGCUGGACGUUUUUAAAUCCACUGGUUGUCUAGUUUUUGUUUCCUUUCCCCUAAAUAUGAUUCAUACCGUGUUUUUGUUUUUUUUUCUUUAGUGGAAGAAGUUGCACUAAAGUUAUCUCAAAUAUUGUCUUCUAAGGACUAAAGUGUCCAGGGACAUGUGUUCUGUGUUAUUCAGUGCCUUCCCAGCUGUAACAUAGAUGGGAUUAAAGUAAAUACCAUGGAGGUACCUGCUCACUGCCUGGGACACCGUCUGUGUGUCUCCCGUAGCCCUCAUAUACUGUUACUACCACGCAUGUGCAUUGUUUGAUGUGGGAGAAAGUGCAGAUGUUUGUUAUCUUGGUUAUGUUUUUAUCCACCGUGAUCUAAAUGUCCAUGUAGUGAUUUAAUUGGGUUUUAAUUGAUUUGUUUGAGCCGUUUUCUAAAGGAGAGGUCAAUAAACGUGUAUGAACACUA